CAGCUGCGUCGAGACCCCGCACAGGCACCUACCAACACUACGAGCGAGCAACACGAUCAAACUACAAUCGCUGCUAACAGAAUCAUCCUCAAUUUGUCACGUCUGACUCAAGUCCUUGCAACCACUUAACCUUGCAACCGCCAAAUCUCAUCAGCAGCACCAACAUGAUGACACUGAGAACAGCACUCUUCGUCGUCGUAUUUCUUGUAGCUCUCACGAGCUUCUCCACCGCUCUUCCCGCCGGCGAUAAAGAAAGAUUCAUCAACGAGCUUGACCUGGUCGACGAUGAUGGAAGCAUCGAAACAGCACUGAUCAACUACCUCUUCACGAAACAAAUGGUGCAACGUCUCCGGAGCCAAAUGGAUAUCGGGGAUUUGCAACGUAAGCGAAGCUACUGGAAACAGUGCGCUUUCAACGCGGUGUCUUGCUUUGGCAAGUAAUCAUCACGUGACCAUGAUUCUGGAGCAGGCAUUACGUGGGAGAUGAUUAUAUUUUUCCCCUUUCUUCCAAUGCUUCCUCAUCGACACAAAACUUAGAUGUUAAUCGACGUAGUACAAGAAGCCGAGUUCAUUCAAAUAAAUGAAAACGAAUGAGAAGCUAUUCUGAGGCUUCUUUCAUGAUCAAUCAUUUUUAUCAGUACAUACUUUUGCUUGGGUUUUUACGUGUAUUUUAGAUCACACUGGACAGUCCAUUCUCUUUCAAUAAUCGUUCACAUGGAAACGAUGAAAUUUUUCCCAUUUUUGUGAGUCUGGAACGUUUUUUCAUUCCCCACUGGCGUUCAUUCGAGUUGAAUUAAUGUUGUCUUCGAUUAUGAUACGUCACAGCAUUUUUUCAUUUAACCAAAGCACAGAGAUUGGAAAAAAUUUAUUCCCUCCUCUGUUAUCGAUCAUUUUAUUUUCAUGUGCAUAAAUGUAACAAAAAAUGUAUAACACUACGAACAAAGAUUGAUUCUAUUGGAUGUUAGGUGGCUGCUCACGGUGUAACAAUUGUAAAACUGGAAUAAGUAUUCGAGGAGCGACUCAAAAGAAAAAACUUGUAACCUGAGCAUAGUUUACUGAAAUACAUAUCGGUACUGAUUC